UCACUGAUCUCUAGCUCUCUGUCAUAGCAAGUUCAAAUGAGCUUACUUGCAGGAUGACUAAAGAAAGUGCAGAAAUGACACACAUCUCCAAAACCGAGUCAAAAUCUAGACAACAGUCAUACGACAGUGCAAUGGAUGGAGACGAGAGCGACCAGAUAUCUGCAAAUGUAUUUGAGUGGACUAAGCAAGGAAAUGUAGUCGCUCUGGAGAAGCACACCAGGUACCUGGACAUACGCGACAACAUCGGUGCCAGCCCAAUGCACUACGCUGCAUCCAUGGGACACUUUCACAUCAUGAGACUAAUAGUGCAGAUCACUGGACAACAAGAGCUCAAUGCCAGGGAUGAGGAGGAGAAUACACCUCUUCAUUGGGCUGUGCAGAAGGACCAGCCAGGAAGCUGCUCUGUGCUUCUGACUCUGGGAGCAGAUCCUAACAUCCUAAACAACAGCCAACAGUCACCGCUACAUAUGGCAGUCAGCAUGGGUAAAAAUGUUGUGUUAGAGCAACUUGUCUCACAUAAACAAACUGAUGUGAACCUGGAAGGGGACUUGAGAAACACCCCUGUCAUUUUAGCUGCUUCUUUGGACAACCAUGAGGCUCUGGUCAUACUGUACAAACAUGGUGCAAAGUUCUGUCGCCAGAACAAGCUAGGUCAUUUUCCGAUUCAUGCUGCUGCUUUUGCUGGAGCUAAGAAAUCCAUGGAGGUCAUUCUUCUGAAAGGAGAAGAGGUUGGUCUGUCUAUUGACACCCAUAUAAACUAUGUGGAUAAAUCUUGCAGUAGUCCACUCCACCUGGCUGUACGUGGAGGAAAUCUCGACAUAAUUAAACUCUGCAUUGCAUAUGGAGCAAAAAUUGAACAGCAGCAGUGUGAUAAAUCCACUGCUCUCCACUUUGCAUGUAGUCAAGGUGCCAUUGAGGUUGUUAAAGUCAUGCUCUCGGCUUACCAUAAAGUGUGUGACCUUAUCAACAUCACUGAUGGGGCCAACCAGACACCUCUACAUAAAGCAGCAAUUUUUGAUCAUUUUGAACUCUCUGAGUACCUUAUAUCACAGGGUGCUGACAUUGAUUUUGUUGACUGCAAAGGCCAUUCUCCACUUCUUCUGGCAACAAGUUGCGGAGCAUGGAGAACUGUCAAUCUGCUCCUCUCCCAUGGAGCUGAUCUGAAGAAAAAAGACAAAUCUGGAUGCAACUUCUUGCAUCUGGCCAUCUUGCAGCCCAGGGGUCUGAAAAACCUGCCCACAGAGGUACUGCAGCACAAGAGUGUGAGAGAGCUUUUCAAUGAUGAGGAUACUGAGGGCUGUACUCCUCUCCAUUACGCCUGUAGACUGGGAAUACCAGAGUCUGUGAAGAACAUGCUGGGAUUAGAGGUCUCGCUGGACCAAAAGUCCAAACAGAAGAAAUCUGCACUUCAUUUUGCGGCGGAAUAUGGGAGGAUCAACACAUGCCACAGGCUUUUGGAGAUGGUGACUGACACCAGACUGCUGAAUGAGGGGGAUGAGAAAGGACUGACCCCACUGCAUCUGGCCUCUCGUGGAGGUCACGUUAAAGUAGUCGAGCUUCUCCUACGCAAGGGGGCGCUGUUUCACAGUGACUAUAGAGGAUGGUCAUGCCUUCAUCAUGCUGCAUCUGAAGGAUACACACAGACCAUGGACACUUUGCUGACAUCUAACAUCAAACUUCUAAACAAAACUGACGGAGAUGGGAACACAGCUUUGCAUCUGGCUGCUAGAGCAGGUCAUGUGGCAACAGUAAGACUGCUGUUAUACAGAGGGGCCAAGAUCAUCCUCAACAAGAAUGAUGCCUCUUUCUUGCAUGAGGCCGUACAUAACGGGAGGAAGGAGGUCACCAACACUGUGAUCGAGAGUGACAGAUGUGAAGAGGCGAUGACAACGUACAAACCAAACUCAUCAAAACGUUGCAUUGUCAUGGACAUGAUUGAGUUUCUUCCAGAGUCCUUUAAACAUCUUCUAGACACUUGCAUAAAGGAAUCAGAGGAAGAUGUUAACAGCACCAAUUACUACAUUGAGUACAAUUUCAGGUGGCUUCAGCAUCCACUGCAAAACCUUAAAAAGACAGGCAUGGAAAAAGACAACACCUACAAACCUCUCAGUGCACUAAAUGCUAUGGUGAAUUUUAACCUUGUCAGUUUGCUGACACAUCCGGUCUGCAAGAAAUAUUUGGAGAUGAAAUGGAAUGCCUAUGGGAUCAAAGCACAUCUGCUCAAUAUGACUGUGUAUGCCCUGGGGGUGUUUCCUCUAACAUAUCUCAUUGUGAAUCUGAAGCCCACACUGGUCACUGCAAGAAAUGUCACAUCAGUCAAUAUGGUCUGCACGUCCCUGUACAAGCAAUCCUAUAUAAUCACAGCAUGUAUGAUCCUGGUUCUUGCAAUGAAUAUGUAUGCAGUUGGGAAAGAGAUCCUGCAAAUAAUUCAACAGCGGGUGAAUUAUUUGCGGGAUCUGUCUAACUACAUGGACUGGGCCGCUGCGAUCUGUUCUCUAGUGUUCGUGGUGCCGCUACUGCUGACCGUGAAGAGUUCCUGGCACUGGCAGGCUGGAGCACUGGCAGCUCUGGCCUCCUGGAUGAAUCUCCUCCUCUAUCUCCAGCGGUUUGAACGGAUUGGUAUUUAUGUGGUAAUGUUUCGGGAGAUCUCACGGACACUGCUGAGCAUUAUUUUGCUGUUCUUUUACUUGAUAUUGGGAUUUGCAUUGGCAUUCUAUGCCUUGAUGAUCGAACAGCAACAUUUCGGGAGGAUGUUCCUGUCACUGCUGCAGACCUUUGUCAUGAUGGUAGGAGAAAUCAACUACCAGGACAAUUUCUUGAAACCCUUCCUGCAAGGAGACCUUCCUUUCCCCCUUUUGACAUUGUCAAUCUUCGUUUGGUUUGUCUUGCUUGUGCCUAUUCUUCUCAUGAACCUGCUGAUUGGUUUGGCUGUUGGUGACAUAGCAGAGGUUCAGACAAAUGCCUGUUUAAAGAGGAUUGCAAUGCAGAUUGAACUUCACACUAAUCUAGAGGAGAGGCUUCCCUACUGGUUUAUGAAACGGGUGGACCAGGUCAUCCUCAAAGAAUUCCCAAACAGAUGCUUCAGUGGAAAGAAAAUAUGGUUUUUCUGUGGGAAUGAGGUGAGGAAGUUCAGGACCCGUCUCAGUCCUACCAUCUACCAGUUAACUCCACUGGAACGGGAGCUAACCAAACAGAAAUACAGGAUGAAGGAGAUGUCAGAGACCAUGGAAAAGCAACACAACCUGCUAAAGCUUAUAGUGCAGAAGAUGGAGAUCAGCUCAGAGGCCGAAGAACAUGACGGACCCCCAGUCUUUCAAGAAAUGAAAGAGAAACUCCUCAGUAGGAGCAAAUGGGGUCCACUGCUCAGGGCAGUGACCGCCAGAAAGAAGGGAGUCUGCAAAUUCAUGAAAACGUCAUGAACAAGACAUUGUUUGAACAGAGUUGUUGUAUUUACUCAUAAACUGUGAUGAUGUGGCUAAUAUUUCUCAGUAUGACCUUGCUUCUGUAAAACAACCAAGGCUGAAACCAAAUACCAAGCAUCUAGCAUUGUGUCUAUAAGGAAUGUGUUAAAUGUUACAAAGUUUGACCAUAAAUUCAACCAAAGGCAAGACCUGUUUUAUUACUGAAAAUCAUUGUACAUUGGUUGUGUUU